AUGCCUAUUAUAUCACGAAAACUAAAUAAUAAUUAUGCUUUCCAAUCUUCUAAACCUAUUGAGUCUUUCAAUGAAAAUACUGAAACUACAUCUGAAAAUGAAGAGUAUAUAUCAGAUGUAAAUGAUAAUUCAUUACAAGAUACCAACUCUAUUCCAGAUAGCUAUAGACCUUUAUCAAAAGCAAGUGCCAGUAAGCUAGCUAGUGAAGUUUGGAAUUAUUUUCACCCUUUAGAGCAUAUAGAAACAGGAAAUCAUAUUGAGUGGUGUCCUCUGGAGAUUGUUAGAAAUUGUCAAAAGCAGACAUGCAAUAUAAUCUGCAAUACAGGUAGAUCAACAGGAAAUAUGUGGGAUCAUCUUUCUAGUGUACAUGGAAUUACUAAAGAAAAUAGUUUAAAAUCAAAAGACCA